AACCAGAAAAGUUCAUAAAUAAACAACCACAGGAAUUUCGUCCCAGCCUAUAAAAUAACACGGCGUUCAAAUUCUCCAGAGCUACGUCCAGAGAGAGAGAGACCUAGAGGAUGAGUUUCCUGCCAGGAAGAUUAGCAGGCGCAGAGGGGGCAUACUUCCUCCAAGAAUCCAAACACGCCGUUACCCGCCUCGUCCAAAAAGCCAAACCAAAUCUCUCGUCACGAGCAUCACAAUCCCCAAUCGGCAACGACGAAGCCCAAGCCGACGUUCUACCCGAGGUUCUGAGGCAUUCUCUUCCCUCAAAGAUCUUCCAACCGCCGCCUGAUUCGUCUCUUUCCACAGCAUCCAAGUGGGUUCUUCAAUCUGAUCCCAAUAACUCGUCUUCUGUCUCGCGCGACGUUUUGAACCCUCUUAGGGCUUACGUUUCUCUGCCUCAAGUCACUUUUGGCCCCAAAAGGUGGCAAAUACCAAACUCGGGUAACGGUGUUUUAGCAUCAACUGCCAAUGAACUGCGACGUGACAAAUACACCCCCGUCAAUCCUGAAAAGUUGAAGGCUGCAGCUGCAGGGCUAUCUCAAAUUGCAAAGGCAUUUGCUGUUGCCACUGCUCUCGUCUUCGGUGGUGCCACUGUUGUAUUUGGACUGGUGGUCUCCAAACUAGAACUUCACACUGGGGAUGACAUUAAGUCUAAAGGAAAAGACCUUGUUCAGCCAAAAUUAGAGACGGUGAAGGAGCAAUUUAUCCCCCUAAAAAACUGGGCUAGAGACGUGUCGAAGAAAUGGCAUUUCGAAAGAGAGGAAAACAACAAAGAGAAGCCUUUAGUCAAGGAGCUUUCUAAAAUUUUGGGUGCCAAGACACCCAACUAAUUCUUGUAUUUUCCAUAAUUCAUGUAAAUAAAAAUCCAAGAAAUUCGAUGUUUGUUGUAUAAAUAAGUUGCAAGGCGUCCUAAGUUAUGCUGUAGUGUUUCUAUUAAAUGAAUUUGAUGAUAAGGUUUUAUGUUUACCGAUUUGAUAGAGUGUAUCGAAGCAGACUUGUCGUGGCAUAAUGAAAUUCUCUUCUCUCUUCAUUUGUUUCAAA